UUACUUUUAUAGGCCUCAAAACAACAUUAGUUUUUCUAAGAAGAUUUUAUAGGCCUAUAAUAAAACUCUUGAAUCGACGAUCGAAUUCCGCUGACAAUAAUAUUUGUGGGUGUAUUGCUUUGUUCAGACACCAACAGUCAGACAUUCCCAUGAUGACCAACGUUUACGAUGUUGCCAAGUGGCCCAUAUUUUCUUUACUCGCUGACGAUCUUCUGGCGAGUGGCAUAAGGCUUGCCUGUGUCUACGGGAGCGCCGGCAACGAGGCCAUCUAUGUCACCAAGGACGACGAGGUCUUUGCCUUCGGGAACAAUCACAACGCGUGUCUCGGCCUCGGGGAUGUCCAGUCCAGCUUGGCACCGCGGAAGAUAGAAUCCCUUUGUAAGAAGGGUGUGAAUGCCCUUGCGUUCGGAAGUGGACCGCAUGUUGUUGCUGCCACCGAGAAUGGGGAGAUUUACAGCUGGGGUCACAAUGGAUACUGUCAGCUCGGCAACGGUAGCACAAGCCAAGGACUGGUACCUCACCGUAUCUCAACCAACCUUGGUACAUGUAAGGUCUCUCAAAUAGCCUGCGGAAGUCACCACAGUCUCGUUCUCACUGAUAAAGGAGAGGUGUUUGCCUGGGGUUACAACAACUGUGGUCAGGUUGGUUCUGGUGCCACUGCUAAUAUCAAUACACCUAGGAAAGUUGCUUCUGUCUUGAGUGGAAAACGUGUUGUCUCAAUUGCCUGUGGCCAGACCUCAUCCCUAGCUGUUAUCGACAGUGGAGAGGUCUAUGGGUGGGGCUACAAUGGAAAUGGUCAACUUGGUCUUGGGAACAAUGUCAAUCAACCCAGUCCAUGUAAAGUAUCCAGUCUGAAUAACUUAAUCAUUGCUCAGGUGGCUUGUGGGUAUGCCCACUCCAUGGCCCUGUCUGACGAAGGGAAUAUCUAUACUUGGGGUGCUAACUCAUACGGUCAGCUUGGAACUGGGAACAAGGCCAACCUCUGUGGUGCUACCAAAAUAGGGGAGAGUAUAGGAAGGUUCAUAGAUAUCGCAGCCACCCAUUAUGCUCAUAUCUCAGCGGCCAUGACACAGACAGGGAAGAUCUAUAUGUGGGGUCAAUGUCGAGGUCAGUCUAUCACUUCCCCCAUGGAGACUCGCUUUACGUGCCUGGAUGAUGUCUUUGCAUGCUUCGCUUCUCCUGCCGUCACCUACAGACCUCUCACCUUUGAAAACUUCAUUGGUAGGCGAUCUCUUGAGGAGACAUUAUCUCUAGCCUUUGAUAAUCAGGACACGUCCGACUUGAAGUUCUUGGUGGACGGAAAGCACAUUCAUGUACACAAAGCUCUUCUGAAAAUCAGAUGUCUUCAUUUUAGGAGUAUGUUCCAGUCACAUUGGGAUGAAGAUGGCAAAGAUGUAAUAGAGAUAACUCAAUUCACCUACCCGGUGUACCAUGCAUUCCUGGAAUAUCUCUACACUGACUCGGUCUCGCUACCACCUCACGAUGCUAUAGGUCUGUUAGAUCUUGCCAAUUCCUACUGUGAAACGCAUUUAAAGAAGCAGUGUGAACGCAUCAUCAAGCAAGGUAUCAAUGUGGACAAUGCUGCCCUGUUGCUAGAAGCUGCCAUUCGAUAUGAAGCAAAGGACCUUCAGGCCUUCUGUUUCAAGUUUGCGGUGAACCAUCUGACGGCGGUGGUAAAGACCGAAGCCUUCAACAAUCUGGACGGAACCUACUUGAAGGAUUUCAUUCGACAGGCUGCGGACUGGGGAGCCUUUAAAUAUUGACCAUGAAUGAGUGGUAGGCUACAAGUCUACCACAUGUGAACAGGUGCAUCGUAAGCUGUUUUAAUGUUGACAUCAUAAACUGAAAUUGAUAUUUUUUUUUCUUUAUAGUUGCAUUCCAUUUAAAACUUGGUAGAAGUGAAAAUAAAAUGGCUCAGUGUCAUGAUUUAAAGGUGAGUUUUAUGAUACAUGGUGGUGAGGAGUGCCCUUAGUGUGAUGUCAGUCAUACCCGGUGAUGUUCAUAGGUUUGCAUCGUGGUAUGUACAAUUGCUGAUGAGGUUUACGGUACACCAUGUGUAAAGUCAUGGACUGAGAUAAGAAAAGUGGAUACAAAUGGAGAUAAUUGGAAAGGCGAGAAAUUGGAGGUUUGAAAGUAGAGUAUUCUUUUAUUUCAAAAUGAGUGUAGUCCUCAAAAGGACUGUAAUAA